UGUAUUCAAUUUUUUAAAAUUCUUUCAUAACCCUAUUGAGUGUUUUCUAAUUUAAUUAACAUGGCUCAAAUGAACCGCCCAGCUCCUGUGGAAGUCACAUACAAGAACAUGAGAUUUCUUAUUACACACAAUCCAACCAAUGCGACCUUAAACAAAUUUAUAGAGGAACUUAAGAAGUAUGGAGUUACAACAAUAGUUAGAGUAUGUGAAGCAACUUAUGACACUACUCUUGUGGAGAAAGAAGGCAUCCGUGUUCUCGAUUGGCCUUUUGAUGAUGGUGCACCACCAUCCAACCAGAUUGUUGAUGACUGGGUAAGUCUUGUAAAAAUUAAGUUUCGUGAAGAACCUGGUUGUUGUAUUGCUGCCCAUUGUGUCGCAGGCCUUGGGAGAGCUCCAGUGCUUGUUGCCCUAGCAUUAAUUGAAGGUGGAAUGAAAUAUGAAGAUGCAGUACAGUUCAUAAGACAAAAGCGGCGUGGAGCUUUUAACAGCAAGCAACUUUUGUAUUUGGAGAAGUAUCGUCCUAAAAUGCGGCUGCGCUUCCAAGACUCCAAUGGUCAUAGAAACAACUGUUGCAUUCAAUAAAACUGGGGUGCCUGAUGUCA